AUGCUGUCCAUACAGCUGUCCACCGCCUUUCUCCACGCAGCUGUCCACCGCCUUUCUCCACGCAGCUGUCCACCGCCUUUCUCCACACUGCUGUCCACCACCUUUCUCCACGCAGCUGUCCACCACCUUUCUCCACACUGCUGUCCACCACCUUUCUCCACGCAGCGGUCCACCGCCUUUCUCCACACUGCUGUCCACCACCUUUCUCCACGCAGCUGUCAAACGCCUUUCUCCACACUGCUGUCCACCACCUUUCUCCACACUGCUGUCCACCACCUUUCUCCACGCAGCGGUCCACCGCCUUUCUCCACACUGCUGUCCACCACCUUUCUCCACACUGCUGCCCACCGCCUUUCUCCACACUGCUGUCCACCACCUUUCUCCACACAGCUGCCCACCGCCUUUCUCCACACUGCUGUCCACCACCUUUCUCCACGCAGCUGUCAAACGCCUUUCUCCACACUGCUGUCCACCACCUUUCUCCACACUGCUGUCCACCGCCUUUCUCCACACUGCUGUCCACCACCUUUCUCCACGCAGCUGUCCACCGCCUUUCUCCACACUGCUGUCCACCGCCUUUCUCCACGCAGCUGUCCACCGCCUUUCUCCACACUGCUGUCCACCACCUUUCUCCACGCAGCUGUCAAACGCCUUUCUCCACACAGCUGCCCACCACCUUUCUCCACACAGCUGUCAAACACCUUUCUCCACACAGCUGUCAAACGCCUUUCUCCACACAGCUGUCCACCACCUUUCUCCACGCAGCUGUCAAACGCCUUUCUCCACACAGCUGCCCACCACCUUUCUCCACACAGCUGUCCACCACCUUUCUCCACGCAGCUGUCAAACGCGUUUCUCCACACAGCUGCCCACCACCUUUCUCCACGCAGCUGUCAAACGCCUUUCUCCACACAGCUGUCCACCACCUUUCUCCAUACAGCUGUCAAACGCCUUUCUCCACACAGCUGUCCACCACCUUUCUCCACGCAGCUGUCAAACGCCUUUCUCCAGGCAGCUGUCCACCACCUUUCUCCACACAGCUGUCAAACGCCUUUCUCCACGCAGCUGUCCACCACCUUUCUCCACGCAGCUGUCAAACGCCUUUCUCCACACAGCUGUCCACCACCUUUCUCCACGCAGCUGUCAAACGCCUUUCUCCACACAGCUGUCCACCACCUUUCUCCACGCAGCUGUCAAACGCCUUUCUCCACACAGCUGUCCACCACCUUUCUCCACACUGCUGUCCACCGCCUUUCUCCACACUGCUGUCCACCACCUUUCUCCACGCAGCUGUCAAACGCCUUUCUCCACACAGCUGUCCACCACCUUUCUCCACACAGCUGUCAAACGCCUUUCUCCACACAGCUGUCCACCACCUUUCUCCACACAGCUGUCAAACGCCUUUCUCCACACAGCUGUCCACCACCUUUCUCCACACAGCUGUCCACCACCUUUCUCCACACAGCUGUCCACCGCCUUUCUCCACACAGCUGCCCACCACCUUUCUCCACGCAGCUGUCAAACGCCUUUCUCCACACAGCUGUCAACCACCUUUCUCCACAAAGCUGUCAAACGCCUUUCUCCACACAGCUGUCCAACGGCUUUCUCCACACAGCUGUCCAUCGCCUUUCUCCAGGCAGCUGUCCACCACCUUUCUCCACGCAGCUGUCCACCGUCUUUCUCCACACAGCUGUCAACCGCCUUUCUCCAGGCAGCUGUCCACCACCUUUCUCCACACAGCUGUCAAACGCCUUUCUCCACGCAGCUGUCCACCACCUUUCUCCACGCAGCUGUCAAACGCCUUUCUCCACACAGCUGUCCACCACCUUUCUCCACGCAGCUGUCAAACGCCUUUCUCCACACAGCUGUCCACCACCUUUCUCCACACAGCUGCCCACCACCUUUCUCCAUGCAGCUGCCCACCGCCUUUCUCCACACAGGCCAACCACCUUUCUCCAUGCAGCUUUCCAUCGCCUUUCUCCACACAGCUGCCCACCACCUUUCUUCACACAGCUGCCCACCGCCUUUCUCCACACAGCUGCCCACCACCUUUCUACAUGCAGCUGUCCACCGCAGCUGUCCACCGAUUUUCUCCACACAGCUGUCCAACGCCUUUCUCCACACAGCUGCCCACCGCCUUUCUCCACACAGCUGCCCACCGCCUUUCUCCACACAGCUGCCCACCACCUUUCUCCAUGCAGCUGUCCACCGAUUUUCUCCACACAGCUGUCCAACGGCUUUCUCCACGCAGCUGUCCACCGCCUUUCUCCAGGCAGCUGUCCACCGCAUUUCUCCACACAGCUGUCCACCGCCUUUCUCCACACAGCUGUCCAACGCCUUUCUCCACACAGCUGUCCACCGCCUUUCUCCACACAGCUGCCCACCGCCUUUCUCCACACAGCUGCCCACCACCUUUCUCCAUGCAGCUGUCCACCGCCUUUCUCCACACAGCUGUCCAACGGCUUUCUCCACACAGCUGUCCACCGCCUUUCUCCAGGCAGCUGUCCACCACCUUUCUCCACGCAGCUGUCCACCGUCUUUCUCCACACAGCUGUCAACCGCCUUUCUCCACACAAAAUUCCACCACCUUUCUCCACACAGCUGUCCACCGCUAUUCUCCACACAGCUGUCCACCGCCUUUCUCCACAGGAAGGAACGGCAGGUGCCAAUACAGCUAGGGAUCAGUAG